CGCUCCUCGUGACGUCAAGACGUCGUCACCCGGGAGCCAAUAGAAAUCGACGCAAACCCGGAAAUGCCUAGACUAGAAAAAAAGACCGCCUGGAUUCAAUUUGAAAAGGAUACACAUUGUCAGAAUAUUUCAGAAUAAAGGAACCCCCUCCCUGCUCUGGAGACAGCACCCCCAGCUGGACAGUCAUGAGUUUUUCUCCGAGCCCGUGCGUUCCUGCAGGCGUGCGCAGCAUUCAAGAGCAGCGGGAACGUUGGGACAGGAAGAGGAAGCGGACAGGACGAGAACUGGUCCAGAGCGAACAGAGAUACUGCGAAAAGCUGGAGCUUAUCACCACAUACUUUGUGGAGAUUCUGAAGGCCAAAGGAACCCUGAGGCAGGACAUUAGAGAGAGCAUCUUCAGUUCAAUUAAAUCAAUUCAUUUAGUAAACCAGACGCUGCUUGGCCAUCUGGAGGACGGCAGGUUUGGUGUCGGAUUUGACCAGUUCUGCCCUCAUCUGCAUUUCUACACUACCUACGUCGACAACUUCCAAACAGCAAAGAAGAGCCUUGCAGUGCACCUGAAGAAAAACAAAGCGUUCAGAAGAUUUAAGAAGCUUCAGGAGGCCAGACCUGAGUUCCACAAGCUGAAACUUGAAGACCUGCUUCCUCUUCCACUAGAGCGCAUUCAGCAGUACAAUAAUUUCUUGAGGGACUUGACAGAGAACACCAGUCCAGACAACCCAGAGUUCCAGCAGCUUUCAAGGGCGGUGAGUGCCGUCUCCGAGGUGGCCCAGCGCAUCCAGGACAACGCCCGCAGCCAUGAGAACCACCUGCAGCUGCAGAGGGUCCAGAAACUGCUCAAGGGCCGAAAGACCAGGCUGCUGGCUCCAGGUCGCUGGUAUAUCCGUGAAGGUUGGCUGAAAACAGUGCCCCCUAAAGGCACGGAGACCAAACCCAAGAUGUUUUUCCUCUUCUCAGACAUCUUGGUUCAGGCCAGACGGUGUAGUCCAAUGCACCCGACAAAUGGAGACAAGCUGGCCUGUCAGAGAGUCUACCCACUUAAGGAGUGCAUCGUGGACAAAGUGUUUGGCCACACCAAGAGCCAGGGAGGUCUCAUCAGUUUGACCUUCUCCAGAGCCAAGCUGCUCCUCAUGUCCACCGAUCAGGAGGACAUUAACGAUUGGUACCGCAGUCUUUGCCUGGCCAUCGGAAAGCUGAAAACGAAGAACACAGUAGUGCACAGGAGAGAGGAGCUCCUCCGACCGCCGCUCCGCGCAGCCACACACAGCCAGCAGAGUGCACCGGCCUCGUCCCAAAUCCACAGCAGGAAGAGGACUAUGGUGAGUGAACAGGGGACUGAGAGCAGCGUGAGCAACGAUAGACCUCCAGCAGGAGAGAGUGCAGGCAGCGCAUCCAAAAAGAUGAAACUCUCCGAGGCUCCUUCUGGAAGAUCCCAGGAAUCGUCCGGCUCGAGCUGCAUCAUUCUGUAAGACGAUGCAGAUGUUGAAUUCUCGGGCGUGACUGAGAGAACUGGUGGUACUGCUAGGAGACUGGUAUAAUCCAUAUACUAUAUUAGCUUCAUUUUUACUGAAAGAAUGCUAUCAGUUCAUAUUCGAGCAUUUUAAGAGUGAUUUUCUCUGAAAUGUUUUAUUUCUGUUCUUUCUACUCCUAAAUGCCAAAGAACAAAGUGUGUCUGUGUUCCUUAUUUACGAAUGCGUUUUAUUUGUCUUUUAUGUUGUGUGGUGCAUCAUGCAUAAUGCUGUCGACUGAAGAUGCUACAGGCACAAAUCUUUAAGUGCUGAACACAUUAAGCAGUGCUGCUUUUAUAUGUAUCAUAUAUUUUUACUCUGUAUCAUAUAGCUACUAAUAACCUACACUCCUGCAGUUAUUUAUAACAUCAUAACAUCAUGUAUUCUUAUUACUGGGGAAGAAAGAUGAUGUGCAAUAUAAAGUGGGUGCAUGAAGGGAUUUUACUAUCGAUUGUGUAUGGACAAGUUAUUGUACUGAUUGUGAAUCAUGGUGAUAUUAUAUAGUAUGUAAUCAUCAGCAUCUGCAAGCAAACACACUGAUUUCCACUGUGUGUUGUAUUACUGUAAUGUUUAUAAUGUGUUUCUUCAUAAUACUCCCUUCUUACCAGGUGUAUUAAUGUUACUGAAAGCUGUUACACUGGACAAUAGUUUAAUCGUUUCUAUAUGAAUCAGUCAAAUCCCUUUGA